AUGGCCACUAAUGAGUUGAAGCUCUUGGGUGGUUGGUACAGUCCAUUUGCAGUGAGAGUACAAAUCGCCCUUAGCGUCAAGGGUUUGGAUUAUGAGAACAUUGUAGAAGACUUGAAGCUCAAAAGUGAGUUGCUUCUUCAGUCCAAUCCUGUACACAAGAAAAUCCCAGUUCUCAUUCAUGGAGAUAAACCCGUUUGUGAAUCUGGAAACAUAGUUGAGUAUAUUGAUGAAGUUUGGAAAGAUAAUGGUACUCCCUCUAUUCUUCCUUCAAAUGCUUAUGAUAAAGCCAUUGCUAGGUUUUGGGUUUCCUACAUAGAUGACAAGUUCUACAACUCGCUGCGAAAUGGUUUAUUUGCUCAAGAUGAAGACUCAAAGAAGACAUAUUUUGAGCAACUAGAACAAGUUCUUGUGACCUUAGAAGAUGUGAUCAACAAUUUCAGUGAAGGAAAUGACUUUUUUGGAGGAGAUAAGAUUGGAUUUAUUGAUAUUGGUUUAGGAUGCUAUUUGAGUUGGAUGAGGGUGAAAGAGAAAGUAACAGGAAAGAUGUUUGAUGAAGCCAAGACUCCUGCAUUGGUGAAAUGGGCUGAGGCAUUUGCUGCUCAUCCUGCUGUCAAGGGAAUUUUACCAGAAACUGAUAAGCUCUUGGAAUAUGCCAAAGCUAUGUUGCAAAAGUAA